AAGCGUCCUUGGCGGCUCUGGGCCACCUGUAUAAACCGAGCGUGCUGGGAUUUGAAAAUUAGUAUGGAGGCAGCUGAGGUCCUCCGAGCCUGCGGGGACUCGAUGGGGCAGCAGCUCGCCGGGGCCCCAGGCUGCUGAGCUCUCGCCGCCUGCGUCCCCGCGGCGCGGCUGCAAGGCCAUGCUGGCCUCGCGUGUGGCGCGCGGCUCGUGGAGGGCCCUGCGUGGCUCCACAUGGGUGCCGGGGCCGGUGGCCGGAGCAGGCGGCGCUGCCGAGGCCCGGGGCGGCCGGUGGGGCCCGACGAGCACCCCCAGCCUGUAUGAAAAUCCAUGGACAAUCCCAAAUAUGUUGUCAAUGACGAGAAUUGGCUUGGCCCCGGUUUUGGGCUACUUAAUUAUUGAAGAAGAUUUUAAUAUUGCCCUAGGAGUUUUUGCUUUAGCUGGGCUAACUGAUUUGUUGGAUGGAUUUAUUGCUCGAAACUGGGCCAAUCAAAAAUCAGCUUUGGGAAGUGCUCUUGAUCCACUUGCUGAUAAAAUACUUAUCAGUAUCUUAUAUAUUAGCUUGACCUAUGCAGAUCUUAUUCCAGUUCCACUUACUUAUAUGAUAAUUUCAAGAGAUGUAAUGUUGAUUGCUGCUGUUUUUUAUGUCAGAUAUCGAACUCUUCCAACACCGCGAACACUUUCUAAGUAUUUCAAUCCUUGCUAUGCCACUGCUAGAUUAAAACCAACCUUUAUCAGCAAGGUAAACACAGCUGUGCAGUUGAUCUUGGUGGCAGCUUCCUUGGCAGCUCCAGUUUUCAAUUAUGCUGACAGUGUUUAUCUUCAGGUGCUGUGGUGUUUUACAGCUUUUACCACAGCUGCAUCAGCUUACAGUUAUUAUCAUUAUGGUCGGAAAACUGUUCAGGUGAUCAAAGGCAGAUGAAAGUCACCCGUCAUCAUCGCAAAGAGCAAUAUACAGCAUCGUGGGCAGCAGAGCCAGUGAAAAUCUAUAGGCGUUUCCCUGUUGGGGUGUUCAGCUUGAAAAAGGACUUGUCAGAAAAACCAUGUCAUCAAAAUUUAAGUAAUAUGCAUUGAAAUAAUCUUGAUCAUGGGCAUAUGCAGAAUUUGCAAUGUAUUUUUAAAUACAAAUAAAACUAUAAUUUAGAGUUUUUUAUCUUAGGUUUCUUAAUUAACUUAUGAGGUACCAAUCAUAAAAAAAAAUCGUCAUUUUUACAUGUGUUUAAAACAAAUCGUGCAGAGAGUUGCCACUGUAAGUAGAAUUUAGAUUGCUCCCGAAGUACUAAGGAACUUCUGGGUUUAACUAUAUAUCCUAUAGCACUUAGUUGUGCAUUUUUAUAUUUGAUUUUUAGAUGUAUGCACCCAGUAAUAGUUUGUGUGGUUCAUCCGUGGUCAUUUAGUGUAAUGACAAGAAAGGUAGCUUAGUUGUAGAUGAUGUAACCUUGUAUAGAGAUUUGAAAUACCUUAAUUUUUGAAAAUAAAUAAGAACAAAAGGUACUGGAGUUCAUGUUCGUCUUCCAACCUCUCAGGGGCCUAAUAGUUGAUGUAUCAGAGUAAGUAAAAGAGGUAGUGGGACUAGGAGAGCCUAUCAUAGACUCUGCCAUCCAAGAGGCAGUGACAUCGCGCCUGCCCGUUGUGUCUCUGACAGAGCAGUGCUUCUGUGAUACUGGAACCUGUACUCAUGUAAAUAAUAUGAAACUGUUUAUUUUUCAACGAUUUUUUUUAAACUUUGGGGUUCUUAAGAUGUUAAAAGAAUAAAAGCUGGGGAGAAAAGUGUACCCUUGACUUGGGUUGUUUUGUGUAAAAUAUUGUGGUCCUCAGUUGCUGGGUAAGUCUUAUGGUUCAUAAAGUCCAUUCAGAUGUAUCGCUUGUACUUAGUGUAAAAAUAAUUGGUUUGGGGCCAUCUGUCCUAAAAGCCCUUCUUUGCAUUACAUUGUCAUGUUUAGGAGAGUGAGAGGUUUAGGGAGAGGGAAGAAGGUAGGGCCGGGGCUGGGCACAGCCUCUAGUUCUUGCUGCGCAUGUGCCCCUCAAGCCCAAUGUGAAAUCCUACAGUGAGGUCAUCCAGACACUGCCCGACAAGCUGUGUAAAGUUGAAAUGGGGAAUCAAGCAAAUGCAUGCCCCAAAGGGAGGCAUCUGUGUCCCCUGAAGCCUGGGUAAGGAGCUGCCUGUCAAUGGGAGGGAGGCAGUGAGGCAACAGAGGGUGGUGUCUGGCUGACCCUUCUCCCCUUCUGCGACCUCCUGUAUCAUUUCAGAGCCUGGGAGGAGGUGAGACUGGAGGUGGAAAUCCCCCUGCUGGGAUAGGAAGAGAAUAGGUAAGAGACACCUGUCUCAGCACUAGGAAAGCCUGAAAACACAAAAAUGUUUUUAAAAAGCAGGACUUAAAGUAGUUCUGGGAAAAUUAGAAUUUUGUGCCUUAUUCUGCUUUUUUUUAAUGACUUAGUGUUGGUGCUAUUUAUAGUGACAUGGGUUGGACCCAUCGUCUUUUUAGUAUUAAGAUCUGGUUAAUACUACUUUUUGCCUCAGUUCUAAGAGAAAUGAUUGAAAUCUCAGGCUUUUGAAUAUGGAACAAUUCCAAAACAUAUACAUGCCACUAAUUUAUAAAAUGUAUUGGAACUAGACGUGAUUGAUGACUACAUUGAUGCAUCUCAUUCAAAUCAUGACAAAUUCAUUUUGGUACCUCUGUUGUGGCUGACUCAUUCUUGAUAGUUGAAAAAGACAUUGGGACAAUUUAUAUAUCUGAGAACUGCAUAGAAAUUAGUCACAUUUUUGGCUUUUUCUUUGCAAUUUUUAAUCAAACUGGUAAAUAGCUUUUAGUCAUCUUCAUUCGAUUCAAAAAGAUGUUCAAUGGCCCUCCCUGGUGGCGCAGCGGGUUAAAGCACAGCACUGAGAAUCUAAAGCCGCUUCAGCAUG